UCAUCACCACAGAUACCAGGGAUUGGGUCAGGGCUCCAGUCAGCAACGACCUCACCCCCGCCGCAACAACAUACACCAAAUCGACGUCUCCGUCUGGUAAUUAAGCACAUACAGCCCGUCACCCUCUCCAUCCAACUCUGUACAUGAGGUUCUAAGUAGGAAGCACCAUCAGUGCACUCCACACACCAAGGUUAAGAUGGCCUCAGAAAAGGUCAUAGUGAAUGCUGCCAUGAACCCCCCUAUACUUCUCGUUGACUACUAUCACAGAGCAAGGUUAAAUGGGACGGCAGUGGUGCGUGUCCAAGCACCCUCGUCUAUGAAGAGCAAUGGGUCCAUUGACAUAGUUACAUUGCUUGAUGUUAGCCACAGCAUUAGCUGGAUGGCAUCAUCGUCAGAAGAGACGCCAUCAAAGAUGGAUUUGCUGAAAAAUGCCCUGAAGUUUAUAAUAAGUCAGCUUGAUGACAAUGACCGCCUUGCCAUCGUAGCAUUCAACGAUCAGGUCAUCAAAGAGCAUACUACUGGCAUUUUAGAAAUUUCUGGCGGUGGUCGGAUGGCUAUUGAGAAAAAAGUGGAUGGGCUCGUGACUCAGGGCGACACUGCCUUUAAACCAAGCUUGGAGCAUGCUGUGAAGCUCCUGGAUGACCGUGCUGACAAGACGCGUGCAGGCUGCAUCGUCCUCAUUUCAGAUGGUGUAGACAAGAGCCAAUUCAUGUGGAGCCAUGAGAGUCUUGCCCCCACUGACCCCAUCCGAGGCCUCCUCCGAAAGUACCCAGUCCACACCUUGGGCUUGUUCAAGGCUGACCCAAAGGCGCUGCACUACAUCGCCAAAGAAUCCUAUGGAACCUAUUCCUCAAUCACAGACAACAAAGACCUCGACAAGAACAUCAUGGAGGCACUGGCUGUCUGCCUAGCCGGGUUCAAGACCAUCGUCGCCUUUGACACCUGCGUCGACAUCACGUCAAGCAGCUUGGAGAUAACAAGGGUCGACUCCGGGGGCUACACACGCCGGGCUGCUCCUGGAUCAGGCAUCUCAAUUGGCAUGCUGUGUGCUGGGGAGGUGAAGGACUUGGUCAUCUACUUCAGUUACACUGCUGGGUCUUGGGAGCGUGGCUACUAUACCACUUUGAGUGGGAUCACUGCUAGGGUCACGUACAAGGAUAUGCCGGGUGGGCAGUCAUCUACCUCAACUAACAAUUGCUCCGUGUCCGUCGCGGUUCACACGACCCAGGAUCCAUCGCUUCCUGCAAACCCAUGCCCUCCAUUCCCCUUGGUCCUGCAGCAGAUGGUCCGGUUCAAGGUGGUGGACCUGCUCCUAGGCGUCCUACAGGAAUUGAAGGCCUUGAAGAAGGAUGCUGGUGGUGCCAAGGAGAAAGAUGGUGUUGAUGACCCAGUGUUGCAGUCCAUUGCAGCCAACAUGCUGCAGAGGAAGUGGAUGGAGUUCAAGCAAUCUGAUGAAUCCUGGAAAGCAGCCACCCCGAAGUCCUUGCUUGACCUGGGCAGCAUUGACAGGGACGUCAAUGCAAUGGUGGGCAUCCUCAGGAAGGGCUUGGGUGUUGGAUGCAUUUACUCAUGGCUGUCGAGCCAUGAGAUGCAGCGCGCAACGGCUACAGGCUUACCGGCGGAGGCCAUGUUCCGCACGCCAGUGAUGGAGAUGAUGGUGCAGAAGGUCCGCAGGAAGUUGCUGCUCAAGGAAGCAUAUGAACAAGGAGCGGAAGACCGAGCUGUCUACGAGCGCGCCAUUGGGCUCUUGGACGGUAUCAACAAGCGAUUCCAACUGUGGUGCAAGCUGGACGCCGAGGUGCCACCAGCUUUCCAGCUGGACCAUCAGCAUCAAGACGACGAGUCCGGCAAUCUCACUGACGUCCUGCAUGGGGCGAUAAGCCGCGCAAGGCAGCAUGACAUUUACCUGGCCGCUAUUCAUGCGAUCAAGCAGUGGCAGAGCUCCUCCACCCCCCGAGAGAAGACGCAUGGCCACGGGCCGGACGAGUAGGCGCAUGCAUGCAUGACGCACCGCCAAAAGCAGAGGAAUCUUGUGAGUGGCCACAGUACAAAUAAAAAUGAGCCAGGCCAUAGUAGUGCCUCCGGCUCCCUCCCGAGAAUAAUAUGCAUGCGGGCAGCACCCGCCCAUUAGUACUUACUAAUUGUUCUUGUUAUUAGUCCCCAUAUAUCAGUUCCCAAUUAAGUUGUACUAUCGUCCUUUAAUAAAGAUGCCAUCAGCAGAAAGCUGAAGCUAAUGAAUGGA